ACUGUCAAGCGAAGCGAGUGAAAGGAAACCUAUGUUUUUGUUUUGAGUAAAUUUUUAUUGCAAUUUACAAUAGAACUGCAAGUUAUUGCUUUUCCUCAUAUAGUUACGACGCCAAUAAUUUAAUUUGUGUUACAAGCAUGAAGCCAGAGCUGGACAUAGACUCGCUGCGCACGGAGCACGAGUCGGACGAGCAGUGGGCCGUGCGCCGCAGCUUCAUGGAGGAGCACAAGGACAAGUUCUCCGAGGCCGAGCUGGUCACCCUCGCGCAGCUGUUUACUAAUAUUGAGUUCCUCGGAUGCAGAUACAUGAUGGGUAUAAUGGAAGACAUGCACAUUCUUGGCAAAAAGACAAUUGAAGACCGACAGAGAACUUGUGAAGAUCUCAGAAACAGUCACUGGUCUAAGGAAUACCCAUAUUUAGUGCCAAGCGCUGAACUGACAUGGAUCACUUUGGAUGUUUAUUGUCUGAAACACAAAACCUCAAAAUCCUGUGGUGUCACCAAAGUACAAAAGGCUGAAAAGUCUGAAAACAUUGAUAAUAGUGACCAAGUUGGCCAUUUUAAAACUAGUGAUGAAAAAUCAAAGAACUUUGCACAAGUAGUGAAUAAUUGUAGAAAUAAUGCAAACACCAAUAAAUUUAUAAACUCAAGAAAUGGUACAGGAAGUGAAAAUAAAAGAGUGAAAGUGAUCAAAGCAAGCAAGAAGCCUAAGGAUGAUAGAAACAAACAUCUGGUAGAAACUAGACCAAAAUCUUUUUUUGACUUUACCAAUUUUAAUGUGAAGAGAAUAAAUCGAUCAAUUUAUGAAAAAAAUAAACCCAGUGAUACAGAAGAUGGAUUUGUAAAUAUGUUCAAAGAUAAGAAACAGACAAAAUAUCCUGCACGUAAACUGCAUUCUUACCUGACAGACUAUUCACAUUUUGUUGUUUGUAAAGAAAACGGGGAAAAAAUCGUGGACAAUGAUAUGCCAGCAAUUAUGGACAAAAUACAUGAGAGAUUAGAUGAUUUAGAUAUACCUAAAGGUGAUUUUACGUACAUCGGUAUGGUAGAUGAAUUCACUGGUGUUUACUUUUCAAUCAGAUCAGCAGAUAUCACUGAAAAAUUACUUGAAGAAGUAUUUACAGGCAAUGGUAGUACAUUUGUUUUCAAACAGUACAGAAAAGUUAUGUCAGCACUAUUGAUACCAGAUGAGCAGAAAUACAACAGUGUUAAUGUGCUGAAAUGGUUGAAAUAUCAAAAUGAUUACAUGGGAAUUAAGUUCACAAGUUGGAAGAUACUAAAUGAAUACACAUUUGAUGGCUUCAGGAGAGUAUCAAUAAUUAUUCCAAUGAAAGAUGCAAUCGCCUUGCAUAAAUAUAACUAUAAAUUAAACUAUCUGGACACAAAAAUCAAAGUUAUAAUUUAUCCAAAAUCUAAAAGGAAAUUGGAAGCAGACCAAAUGAAGAAGGCUAUGGACAAAAUCGAUGAAGGAACCAAUAAUUUAGUAUUGGAGAGUAAAAGAGAUGGAAAUUCAGAUGAUGAUAUAGUUAGAAAAGAGAAUAAAAGUGAUGAAGCUUGUUGUUCUAACUACAAAUCAAAAACAAAGGAUGAGGAAGUUAAUGAUACAACCCAAGAUACAUCUUCAGACAAUGUACAUGUUGAGGAUGAAUUUGAUUUCGAAAGCAAUGAAAGAGUGAUUCUGUCGCUAGCUGACGAAACUAAAUUCAGACCGUACCCUCUAUUUUUCAUCAAAAAAGAAAAUUCAGAAGAAGAUCUGGAUUUUGGUGAAUGGAAAUACGUGUUUAUGGAUAAUUUCUUCAGGGAAAAACUUAUACUGUCUAUGCCAAAAGCGGAUGCUUUAAAACUUAAGAGAAGAGAAGCUACAUUAACUUAUUAUGGUGUUAAAGUGAAAUCUAAAUUCCCCGAUCUUUAAUUUUGUCUCCGUCUUUUGUCAGCCUACCAGACUCAGAUAGUCUAUUUAAGCUCAAGUGCCUUUUUUGAUAUUCUUUUAUAAGUGACUUUUUAGGAAUAAGGUUGAUUUGUUACGUCUAAAUAAAUAU